UUUCGUCAUCCGGGGAGGAGAGAGCAGAGAGUCGAGAGGAGCUCACAGAAGAUCGAAGAAGGCAGAGAGAGGGGCGGCGAGAAAUGUUCCUCGGUGGCGCUGCUACAACAUUUGUAAGAUAUUUCUCGAGGAAAUGCAGUACCAAUCUAAAGAGGAUAAACCCAAAGGUCCCACCUCAAGAGGCAUCUUCCAUAGCCAACGGCUUAUAUCAGAUCAUCAAAGACAAUGGCCCACUCACAGUCUCCAAUGCUUGGAACCAUGCCAAGGAUGCAAGUAUUAGUGGUUUGAGUAGCAAAACACAUAUGAAGAUAAUGCUAAAAUGGAUGAGAGGAAGGAAGAUGCUUAAACUGUUCUGCACCCAUGUUGGUUCCAACAAGAGAUUCCUCCAUUCAACUUUGCCUGAAGACCCUCAAGCUGUUCAACUGGAAGAAUCUCCGGCACCGGUUCGUAAAACUGCAAAGCCGUCAGCAAAAAGGAAAAAGCCUUCAGCAAAAAGGAAAAAGAAAUCCAAAUGAGCUUUCACUCUUCGACGUCGUAGAUCCUGAAAGAUCUGAAGAUGUGGGCUGCUAAUGAAUUCACGCUGAAAUUGCAUAUGAUAUGCACUGCCCGAGGUACCCAUUUUUGCUUCCUUUGUGCAUUGUGGGUUUUUUUUUUUGCUUAAUUUCAGAACUCUUGAAUACUGUUGAUGGUUGUGUUGAAAUGGUUUUUGAAUGGACAGAUGCGACUCAACAUCUUAAUUUUA